AUGAAGGACGCCGCCGGCAAGGAGAACGACGAAGCGACCCUCACGACGGCCUUCGCGACGGCCAGGCUCACGUACCUCGGCGACGGCGACGUCCGGUACAAGUUCGAGCUCGUCGACGACACGCUCGUGAGCGUCGGCACCCACAAGGACGACUCCGACAAGAGCGGCCGCGGCGCCGAGUAUUCCCUGCUCGAGUGGUACGGCGGCAAGCUCGUGACGGCCUGCGACCGCACGGGCAACGUCGACGAGGUCCCCGUGGAAAACGACGGCAAGCGCGUGCGCGUGCUCCUCGGCGACGGCUCGAAGAACAAGGGCCUGAAGACGGAGUGGUCCACGAUCAAGGACGGCAAGCUCCUCAUCGGGUCGACGGGCAAGGAGCGGACGGACGACGACGGCAACGUCGUCCACAAGGGCGAGAUGUGGAUCAAGGCGCUCGACGAGGCCUUCGCCGUGACGGACAUCGACUGGUCGACGCAGUACGGCGCCCUGCGCGCCGCGGCCCAGUGCCCGCACGGCGCGGGCUACAUGAUCCACGAGUCCGGCCGCUGGUCCGACGUCCACAAGAAGUGGCUCUUCUUCCCGCGCAAGCUCAGCCGCCAGCCCUACGACGAGGUCAUCGACGAGGCCAAGUGCUGCAACCUCAUGCUCGCCUGCGACGACGACUUCGACGCGUCGAAGGUCAUCGCGAAGCCCGCGCUGACGUUCCUCCCGCUCCGCGGCUGCUCGGACUUCCUCUACGUGCCGGGCACGAACGACUCCCACAUCUUCGUGAUCCGCACGGAGGAGACCAUCGACGGCGAGGUCGGCACCUUCUGCAGCGUCAUCGACAUCGCGGGCAAGGUGCUCAUGCCCGAGAUGCUCUUCGGCAAGCAGCGCAAGUUCGAGGGCUGCUGCCUCAUCGCCGACUUCAUGAAGACCAAGCCCGCGUACUGA